AAUACACACAUAAAGCACAUCCCGUCAUUAUUACUAUACAACUACUCGCAAAAAGUCAGUGAAAAAGUGCCGAAAAGAAUCGACGCCGCAAUCACAUUAUAGCUGGGGACGAGCCUUUGUUUUUUUUUGCUUUCUGUGCAACACGCAAUUUCAAGAAAUAUCCAGAUAAAUAAAUAAAUAAUGUCCAGCUUACCGAAGCGCGCAAAAUUGGAUGAGGCCAACUCCGGUGGUGCGCCCAAUGAAGCUGUAUCUGAGGCGCUGGAAUUAAUCGAUGCGUGUCAAAACGACAUCGAUGCCCUCAACGAAAAAGCCAGCGAGGAAAUACUCAAAGUUGAGCAGAAAUACAAUAAACUCAGGAAGCCCUGCUAUGAGAAGCGUAGUGAAUUGGUCAAACGUAUUCCGAACUUCUGGGUGACAGCGUUUAUAAAUCAUCCACAAGUAUCAGCCAUAUUGGAUGAAGAAGAAGAGGAAUGUUUGCAUGCCUUAAGUAAAUUGGAAGUAGAAGAAUUUGAAGACAUCAAAUCUGGAUACCGUAUCCAUUUCCAUUUUGACGAGAAUCCCUACUUCGAAAAUAAAGUGCUGACAAAAGAAUUUCACUUGGGCACAGGAUCUGAUGAAAAUAGCGAUUGCCCCUCCUCGACCAGUACGGCCAUACAAUGGAAAGAAGGCAAAAAUCUUUUAAAACAAUUGCUCUCAAAACCCUUUACCAAUAAAAAGAAACGAAAUUCCGAAUAUAAAACAUUCUUCGAUUGGUUCACCGACAACAGUGAUCCGGUCAAUGAUGAAAUUGCUGAAUUAAUUAAAGACGAUUUGUGGCUGAAUCCUCUGCAGUAUUAUCUGGUACCUGAUGUAGAGGUGGAACCAGAAGACGAUGACGAAGAUAAUGAAGACAAUGAAGAGGAAGUAUUUGACGAUGAAGAUGGCGAGGGUGAAGAAGAUGAUGAUGAUGAUGACAAGUAGACUUGGGUGUAUUAAGGAUGAAAAAGUAAAAAAAAAACAACAAACAUAUUGAUAUAUAAUAUCCGUAACAAAUUGAUUCCAUACUAUGCGAUAUACA